AUGGACUUUCGCCGUCUAUACGGCGAGGCAAGCAAAGCAUUCAACUGGGUCAAGACCCAACCACAACCGUUUACAAAAGGAGGCAAUCUGGUAGUAGCUGCCUUUUAUGACCACAAAAGCCAUAAGAUAUUCAUAUCCACCAUUCUCAGAGGGGCAUACUUGGAUCAUAUUAAUAAAGAAGGAGGUGAUGCUUUAGCUCCACUUUGGGCAAAAUGGCGACAGAAGAAAGAGGAAGGCGAUGCAGAGGAUGGUGCAUUCUACUACAGAGAGGCAUCAUUUCUCCCUAACAUCCGUACGGGAUUCAACUACGGGGAUCCUGUAACAGGUAAACCAGCGGGCAGCAUGAUUGUGGCUUGGGGCCAGGAUGGUCUGAAUCCCACUAAUGUGCGUAAGGCCGAGGGGAAACCAUGGACACUUUGCGGGUCUUGUGAGAAACUCUCAUACGCGUUGGGUGUUGACUUCGAUGGGGCCAAUCCAGCCAACUUUGGCAAGAAUCCUCCCCGGCGUGAUCCCGACGCACGUCGUCCCAAGAGCGCCCCUCCAUCUGUGGGACGUCCUGCAAGCCCGCCCAAUCGACCAAAUAGUCCUCCGCCCAAUCGACCAGGUAGUGCUCCGCCCACGGCCCCGCCCAGUCGUAUCCCUAAGCCCGUGAAAACACCACCUGGCAGCUCCUAUGGCGGUUCUUUCAUAGACAAUGCGAGCCCAGGCCAGCAAGCCAAGAUCAACGACGCCUUUGGAGCCAAGAGACCUGCCACGUCGCCUUCGGGCUCCGAACAGCGCAAACCGAAGGGACCUAGUACUCCACCUUCCAGGAUUCCCCUUCCGAUCAGACCAUCGCCAGGAGGCACCAGCAGCGGAUCGCCUUCGAAGAAAAACAAGCGUGCUCUAAGUCGAUCUCAUGGUCGACGAAGACGCAUGCGAGAGUAUAAGCGGAGAUCACUCUGGGACUAA